UCAAGACCACGUUGGAAGAAGACAUCCAGCAUAUGUGGUUGCAAGUCCGAAUAGCGGAGAAGGAAGACGAUCCAGUGGAGAACUUGAGAUGUUGUAGACUGUUAGCCAGGCGCACAAGGUCAGUGGAUUCGACCGACAUAAAAGCAGCAUUAACAUACAAUUCCACCAUUUCCUCUAGCAAAGACCCUCGCAAUAAGUACAGGAAAAGAGAGGGCAAGCGCCGCGUCCCCUACACGGGCGUCUAG